CCAGUUAUAUAGGUUUAGUGAGAGUUUAUAACGAAAAAAAGUACUGGUAUCCAAUUGAGACCAGAAGCAUUGAGAUAAAGAAAGAAAGAAGAAAAAUGAUGGCAACAGCAGCAGCGGCAGCAAAUCUUCCUUGUUUACCUCAAACUUGGAAGGCCAAUAAUCCCAAAGGCCGUCACAAAGUAAUUACAUGGGAAAGGAAAACCAAAUCUCCAUCACUUACUGCAUGCUAUUGCUCUCUUUCUGAGACUUCCCCUCUUUUCCGAGCAGCCAAGCACACUAUUGAUACAUAUAUCAAAAGUGGCAUGGUUAUUGGACUCGGGUCUGGUCAAGCUUCAGCCAUGGCCAUUAAGUAUUUGGGUCACCAAAUUCGUGCAGGUGCUUUCAAACACAUACUGGGUAUACCUACGUCUGUAGUAAGUGCAAGUGAAGCAGCAAAGGCUGGAAUUCCAUUAGGAGAGCUUGGAAACAGUUCUCAAGAUCGCUUUUUGCAGAUUGAUUUUGCAUUUGAUGAUGUUGACAUAAUAGAGGAAAGGACAUUAAUUUCUGUCAUCGGAUGCCAGAGACUGCAAGGUGAGGAGUCCAUAAUCCAAGAGAAGCUGGUGCUAAGCAUGGCUGAUCAACUUGUAUUCAUGGUUACAAAAAAUCAGUAUAAACGUGGUCUAGAGGGUUCUGUUCCAGUUGUAAUUGAAUCACUCAAUUGGCUGGAAACUGCUGAAGAGAUUGAUGACCUAUUUUUAGGUGAUGCAGAGACUGUUUUCCGCAUUCUGUGCUAUCUAAAGUUUGCACCAGGAAAAGCUGUCCUUUUCUCUAAACAUGGUCAUCUUCAGAUAGAAGCCUUUACAGAUGCAGAUUGGGCAAGUUCUCUGGAUGAUAGGAGGUCUACAUCUAGGUAUUGCACUCUUGUGGGAGGAAACCUGUUCACUUGGAGGAGAAAGAAAUAAGUGUGGUUGCUAGAUUAAAUGCAGAGGCAGAAUAUAAAGCCAUGGCUUAGGGAGUUUGUGAGCUUUUAUGGUUACAGAAAUUACUGGAGGAACUAAAAUUAUCAGAAGAAAGCAAAUUAUCUUUGUAUUGUGAUAAUAAAGCUUCCAUUAGUAUUGCUCAGACUCUGGUUCAACAUGAUUGAACUAAACACAUCGAAAUCAAUCGAUACAUUAUCAAAGAAAAGUUGAUUAUUGGAGCUCUAAAACUAAUCCAUGUGACAUCGAACAGUCAAUUAGCUAACAUCUUCACUAUAGAACUAAACGACAGAAUUUAUCAUAAUUUGGUUUGCAAGUUGGGCAUAUGUAAUAUCUAUGCACCAACUUGAGGGGGAGUGUUAACUGUUGACUAAUUGUAUAGCUGUUAACCAAUUGUAAAGCAGUUUUUAGAGAUUAUUAUUUGAUAGCUGAUAGUUGGGGAUUGUAGAAUUAUUUAGUUGCUUUUUCCUUUUUUCUUGUAUGUGUAUAAAAAGAUUGUAAUUCUCCACAUUGUUGGAUAUCAGAAAAUUAAAAAUUUCUUCGCCAAA